AUGCUCUGGAGAUUACAGCAGGUGAUGGACGAAGCCUCCGAGCGACCGCUGAAUGGCACAGGUGCCAGGGCAGGUCCCAAGGCCUCCACGGCACUGCAGAGGUUCAAGCGCAUCGGCAUCCCCAUCCUGGUGGCCGUGCUCGGCCUCGCCAGCCUCAUAGCCAUCGGCUUCUUCACCAAGGUCUACCUGGACUACUACUACUUCUUCUGCAAGCAGCCGCUGCGGCUGCUGCCGCUGGAGCAGGUGUGCGACGGGCAGGCCGACUGCGCGCAGGGCGAGGACGAGGCCAGCUGCGCCCAGGGGGUCCCCGACGGGCCACAGGUGGCCGUCCGCAUCUCCAGGGACAGAUCCACGCUGCAGGUUCUGGACACCGUCACCGGAGCCUGGUGCAGGGUCUGCCACGACCACUUCAACCUCACGCUGGCCAAGGCGGCUUGCGAGCAAAUGGGCUACAGCAGCCGCCCAGCCUUCCGCGCAGUGGCCUCGGGCGGCGAGCAGGCGCUGCCCCUGCGCGAGGUCGCGCUGAGCGCCGGCAGCCUCCGCGUGCGCGAGGCAGGCAGGAAGUGUCUCUCGGGCUCCGCCGUCUCGCUGCUCUGCUCCCAGGCGUGCGGCGAGAGCAGCCGGGCCCCGCGCGUGCUGGGCGGGCGCCCAGCGCCCAUCGAGGCCUGGCCCUGGCAGGUGAGCCUGCGGUACCGCCAGGAGCACAUCUGCGGCGGCAGCAUCCUCGACGCCCGCUGGAUCCUCACUGCCGCGCACUGCUUCAAGAACAACCCCCUGGUGCAGCGAUGGCGCGUGAAGGCCGGCUCCGACCUGCUCUCGGGCAGCGCCAGCCUUGACGUGGAGAAGGUCUUCCUGGCCCAGACGACGUCCGCACCUUCCAAGGAUGAUGACAUCGCGCUGGUCAAGCUGCGCUCCCCGCUGCACUUCUCCGGCAGCAGCAAGCCCAUCUGUCUGCCCUAUUUCGACGAGGAGCUGCGCGCCGGCACCGCGCUCUGGGUCACGGGCUGGGGUUACACGCAGGAGCAUGGCAAGUUGUCCGAGAGCCUGCAGGAGGCGGAGGUGAUGCUCAUAGACAACCAGAGCUGCAACCGGGCCGCCUACCACGGCGAGGUGACGGCGAGGAUGCUGUGCGCGGGCCUGCCCCAGGGCGGCGUGGACACGUGCCAGGGGGACAGCGGCGGGCCCCUGCUCUACUCGCACGGCCGCUGGCAGGUGGUGGGCAUCGUCAGCUGGGGCCAGGGCUGCGGCACGCCCAGCACGCCCGGCGUCUACACCAGCGUGCGAGCCUACCUCAACUGGAUCCACACCGUGCGCAGGCAGCCAGGGAAGCCGGCGGGCACCAUGCAGCCCCACCGUGGUGGCACUGCCGUGUAG